AGCUUUGCUCUUUUUGGCGUUUACAACUUAGAAAAUGAGAAUAGCAUUCAUAACAGUUGGGGGGCUGGAGAUCUGGAAUUGGAAUGCUAAUUCUAUUCUUAAUUUAUUGUCAUUGUCAUUACCUCCAUCGGGGCCACCGCCUGAUUCACAUUCGAAAAAAUAAUUUUUGUUAAGCGUUUUUACCUUUUCGUAAUGAUGAUAGCUCAAAGUUUUUCUCAGAUUGGGCGAAGUGAAUUUUAAGGUUUAGGUUAAGUUUAUGAUACCAUGAAAUUCCUUCUGUCUUUUUCGUUUGAUUCAUAUGGCUUUUGUGGAAUUUGAGGGAAAAGGAGGAGAAAGGCUUCAUAUCUAACUUUGAAGUGAGGAUUCUCACUUCUCAGGAUUCUGCUAUUGUUUUGUUUUUUCCUCAUCUUAUGGGUCGGAGCAGCUUUGAGGGACGCUUGAAAGCAAGAUGAUCGAUCAGUUCAUUAAUUUUGUCAUUCGCCCUCCCAGGGCAGAGUAUAACCCGGAUCAAUAUCUUUGGGAGAGGGAUUUCACUCUUGCAGGCAGAACAUACAUACGACAAGACUUGGAGGCAACUCACAAAUGCUAGGGGACAUACAUUGCAUUGCAGUCAUUAUCUGCCUUCACCUUUCCCCGAAGAUGCUUCUCUUCCUUGUGUUAUAUACUGUCAUGGAAACAGUGGGUGUAGGGCAGAUGCAAAUGAAGCUGCUGUAAUGCUGCUUCCAUCAAAUAUCACCGUUUUUACUCUUGAUUUUUCGGGUUCAGGCUUAUCUGAUGGUGACUACGUCAGCCUUGGUUGGCAUGAGAGAGAUGACCUCAAGGUUGCGGUUUCAUAUUUAAGAAGCAACAAACAAAUCUCACGUAUAGGUCUUUGGGGGCGAUCUAUGGGUGCAGUUACAUGCCUUCUUUAUGGAGCAGAAGACCCAUCCAUAGCGGGAAUGGUGUUGGAUAGUGCCUUUUCAAACUUGUAUGUUCUAAUGAUGGAGCUAGUUGAUGUGUACAAGAUCCGUCUUCCUAAAUUUACAGUUAAGAUGGCAGUACAAUACAUGCGUCGGAUAAUUGAGAAGAAGGCAAAGUUCGAUAUCAUGGAUCUUAAUUGCUUGCAGGUUUCAUCCAAAACAUUCAUUCCUGCUUUAUUUGGACAUGCUAAGGAUGACAAAUUUAUCCCAAACCAUCAUUCUGACCUUAUCUACAAGUCUUAUGCGGGGGACAAAAAUAUUAUAUAUUUUGAUGGUGAUCACAACUCUUCUCGGCCCCAAUUUUAUUAUGAUUCAGUUUCCAUUUUCUUCUACAAUGUUCUUCAUCCCCCGCAAAUUUCUUCUCAUUCAUGUAAGCUUGAGAAAUAUUAUGAUUUAGGGGAUUUGAAGAUUGGUGCUGGUUUGGAUGAGGGCUUGUUAUAUGAGAUAAUCACUGGCGUUCAUUCUGCGGGUACUGAUGUUGCAAGUUCAUCUUCUGCUCCUCCUGCCAUUUCAACUACAAAAUGUGUGGGCGAACUUCUUUCUGAAAUUGCACCAGUGACUACUGUAGUUGAUUCUGUGCAUGUGGAAGCUGACAUACUUAGUAGUCAUGAACCAUCACAUCUAGAGGACCAGCCUAAUGAUCAGAAUGAAGAAUGUUGUUCAUAUACAAGCUCAAAUAGAGAGAGUUGGGGCAGAUGCUCUUCAUUAGGAGGCAGUGAUGAAGAAUCUUCUGCUGAUUGCACAGCUGCUGACAACAGGCAUCAGAAGACUCUUAAGGUGCUCACGAUGCCUCUUCGAUGCAUGCAACAAAAAUCAUCAGAGCUAAAAAAGGAGGAAAAGAAAAAGAAGAAGGUUCCCAUUGUUCCAAAGAAGCCCAAAAGUGAGAAAUUUGAAAAGCUAGAGGCCCUUAGCAAACGGCUGCGUCUUUGCAUCCUUAAGCGAGUAAACCAUUGUAGACAUCCCACUUCGUGACUGCUGUACUAUAUAAAAGUGUUUGUAGCUAUAGUUGUUUCCAUCUUCAAGUUUUACUUUUUGUUGAUUUAUACCCCAACCUUGUCAUCAUUUUUUCUUUUUCUUGUUUUAAAUCAUUAGUCCUGUUCUAUUUUCUGUGUCUCGCAUGAGGUUUCA